GAUAGGCUCGUUCCGUUCCUAUCUUUUCACCCAUAUUUGGGUGUUAAUUUUUUUAUUUUUAUAAUUAACCGAGUGACUAUUGGGGGGUUUGAGUGAAAAUUUGCUAUUUUUCGGUCCCGGUGGCAGUCAUAUUGGAAAUAGUAUUUUUUCUACACAAUUUGACAUUUUUGGAGUAAUUUGAUUGUAAAGUUACAUAUUAUUAGCGGGUGUGGUGAGUUGUUAUUGUACAGGCCGAGUUUGCGGUGAAUAUGUUUGGACCAGAUCAUUUAAGGACUGUUUUUGAAGUUAAGUGCAAUCCAAAAUGACAAAAGAAGAAGCAAUGUUAGCAGCCCAAAAGAAAAAAAAAAGAUCAGCUGGGUUUUUCCCUGGAACUGGCAGCCGCACAUUCAUUCAUUCUUUCCUUUUCAUUUUUUUUAAGUUAGCCGCAGCAUGCUCUACGAUUCUUUCUGUUCCUGAAAUCAAAUAGCCGCAGCAGAGUUUAUUUCCAUUCUUGCGUUCUGUCCUUGGUGAAUCAGCCGCACCAGCAAGAAAGAAAAUCAGAACGGUUUCUAAACUGCACUCCUCUUUCAAUUUUCUCCAAGUUAAUUUAGAUUUCAAACAUUCAUUGUAAGUCAAACAUAUUUUACAUUACUUAGUUUCAGUUUUGAAUUAACUUUCGAAGAUGUUUUUCUGUAGUUGAUAAUUAAGAAUUUCCCAGAGAAUUAUUCUACUUCAAUUUUUCUAGCCCUUAUCAUGCUUAUCAAUAUGAUUGUGAUGUUAAUUUUAAUUAUGAGAAGCUAAUUUCCUAUAGGGUUUGAAUUGGGGCUAGGGUUCAUGGGUUCUUGAAGGUGUGAAUUUAGUUUUUAAAAUUUAAUUAAUUUUCUGGAAAAUUGUAUGAGAUUAAUUAUAAUUGUCUAUAUGAAUUUGAUCACCUCAUAUAUGAAUGACUGGAUUUAAUUCAGUUCUUGUCUAUGAGAAAUUGAGUUAAAUUAGCUCAAAUCUUAUACAAGCAAUCUAACCUUAGAAAUAAGUUAGGAUUGUGAAAAUAUGUUUUAAUUCUUGUCUAUGAGAAUUUAAUUCAUUUUCUUUCCAGGAAUAAUUGAAAAUUAAUUUACUUAAUUCUAAUCCGGAAAGAACACCCAGAACCCGAACCAUCCAAUUCGAACCCUGUUUUAAUAUCUAGAAUCAGUUUAAUUUUUUUUUUAUAUACUAUAUUUAUUUUUUUGCACUCGCUGUUAGUAAUUUUUUUAAAAACCACCCAAAAAUAUUUAUUCGGAAAGAUUACCAUGACUUGUGCUAGCCUGUGAUCACGGACUGUAUCUAAAAACUUCCUUUUGCCACUCCUUGAGAGACGAUACUCGUGGUCUGGUUAUUCUUCGGAUUAGCCAACUACGUUUUACUUCACUAAAAAAAUACACCGAUCAAAUGGCGCCGUUGCCGGGGAGUGGCACGGUUGUUUGUUAAGUACUUUUCUGUGGAAUAGGUAAAAGCAAGUCGGUGAGACUUUCUAUUUUUUUUCCUGUUAUUUGUUUGUCGUUUUUGGUGUUCUUUGCACGGGAACUAAGCUGCAGGAACCGGUGUAUGCACACACGUGCUCGGGGAACUGAAGGCUUGAUCCCAUUGAAUCCAAACCCCGAGAGUAUUUUGAGAAGAAGAAAAGGAAGGUCAAGAAACAUGGCCGGAGAACAACAGCCCGCAAGGAGGACAAUGUAUGAACAAAUUACUCCACAAUUUGCAGAGGUUGACGGAAUAACCAUGCCGGGCAUUGAAGCUGCAAAUUACCAACUAUCCCCCGGAUUAAUCAAUCUAGCUCAGAGUAACCAGUUCGGAGGGAUGAGACAUGAAGACGCCCAAACACAUAUGCGUUGGUUCAAUCGUCUUUGUCGGACCUCGCGAAUCAAUGGAGUUUCUGAAGCAGCUAACAAAUUACUUUUGUUCCCAUUCACUCUAAGGGACAAGGCGCAACACUGGCUCGAUAGCCACACUUUUGCCACCUGGGAUGAAUUAUACCAAGCUUUCAUGAAACAGUACUGCCCAGCAUCCGCAGGAAUCAAAGCCAAGGCAGCUCUCCAGAACUUUAGGCAAGGGAGGAAUGAGACAUUGAGUGAGGCUUGGGAGCGGUACAAGGAGCUCCGAAUUAACUGUCCAUCCAACAUCAUGGAGAGAAUGGACACCAUAUUUCACUUCUAUAAUGGGCUGUCCAUUGAGAGCAAAAAGGAGUUGGAUUACUCUUCUAAAACAGGUUCAAUCCUACGGCUGACAUCAGAAGAAGGUGAAGAACUGAUAGAGACUAUUACCUCAAAUGAGAGGUACUGGUAUGAUGAACGAAGUGAAAGAGCUCCACAAAAGGCGGGAUUAUAUGAGGUUGAUUCUAGUACAGCUGCUGCCGCAAAACUGGAUGCUCUUGUCCUAAAGUUUGAGAAACUCUAUGAAGCUCAGGCGCAGAACCAAUACCAAGGUGGCCAGGGGAUGAACCAGAGGAGUUUUCGACAAAUGCCAAACCAGAAUCCAGUGAGAGACAUGGUGCUUUCGUGUGAUCAUUGUUUUGGAGCCCACCUGACCAAUUCAUGUCCUCAAUCCUUUGAAGAGCCUAUUCCACCUCAGGAAGUGAAUCUUAUGGAGUAUGCUAAGAAAGGAGAGGGUCCACUGGCACCUCAAUACCAAGGAAACCGGGGUAACUUUGCUGGCUACAACAACCAGAGGAAUAAUUUUCAGAGUGGUGCAAACCAGUGGAGAGAUAAUAACCGCCAAGGUGGAUACCAACGAGGCCAAGGAAGUGGUAGCAACCAGCCUUAUGUGCCCCCACAUAUCAGACAACAAGAUAAUUCAGCUCAUUCCCAACUAGAUUUGGUGCUUGCAGAGCUGACACGGGCUAGAGAAGAAAAUGAAUUAAGAGAUAAAAGAGCAAGAGAGGAAAAGAUUUUGAUGGAGCAGCGGUUGAGGAACCUUGAGCUGCAACAUGAGCAGCGAAUACGGGAACUAGAGAACAGAUUCUUUGCAGGUCCUUCCGGGAGGCAGUCUGGAAGCCUUCCCAGCACUACAGAGCCAAACCCAAGAGAGCAUGUGAAUGCAAUAAAUCUGCGCAGUGGGAAGCAAGUUCGUGAACCAAUGGUGGAUGCCAAAGAGAGCCAAGCCCAGAGUGUUCCUAGCUGUCCAGGAAAGAGUGCAGAGCUAGAAAGCCCAGAACCUUUUCAAAGACAAUCUGAAGGUGAGCUAAAGUUCAAUUCUGACCAGCCAGGCCAGCGAGAGGGUAAAGCAAUCAUCGAGCAGAAUACACCCCAACAAGAGACCAAGAGGGCUAAUGCACCAGUUGUUCCAUUCCCUACUCGUGUCAAGAAGGGCGAGGACCGCAAGAGAGAAUACAAGUUUAUGGAGAUGAUUAGCAAACUACAUGUGGAGAUGCCACUCACAGAAGUACUUGCGGAGAUGCCUAAAUAUGCAAAGUUCCUGAAGGACUUAAUCACCAACAAAAAGAGGCUGGAGGAGUACUCUGUGGUUGACCUAAAUGCUGAGUGUUCAGCUGUGGUGACAAAAAUGAUGCCGGAAAAGCUCAAGGAUCCAGGUUCUUUCACCAUACCUUGUUCUAUUCAUGAUUAUGUUUUUAAAAAUGCACUAGCUGAUCUAGGAGCCAGCAUCAACUUGAUGCCAGCUUCUCUUGUUAAUAAGUUGGGACUGGGUGGAAUGAAACCCACUAGGAUGUGUCUUCAAUUAGCUGAUCGCUCUGUUAAGUACCCAAGUGGUAUUAUUGAGGACGUCCUAGUCAGGGUUGGUGAGUUUAUUUUUCCUGUAGACUUUGUCGUUAUGGAUAUAGAGGAGGAUCGUGGUACCCCUCUUAUUUUGGGGCGGCCUUUCUUGGCCACUGCCCGUGCUGUUAUUGAUGUGUCUGAUGGUUCAUUGACUCUGAGAAUUGGAGAGGACACUUGUACUUUUCGACUCUCAGAAGUUAUGAACCACCCCGAGGCACAAACUGAGAGCUGUAAUUUUCUUCAUAUGUAUGAGUGCAUUGAGGAUUAUUUAUUUGGGGGCCAGGGUGAGAGUGAUUAUUCUGAUGAUACUGCAUGUGGUGAGGUCUUAGAUGUGGGUAUGUGUGAUGAUGAAAUGUUAUCUCAUGAACUUAAAUGCUCUGUUGAUGAUUUGCUAGGAGAAGCCUCUCAAGAGGUUUCAGGUAGUACUGUUGUUGAUACACCCCCAUGUGAGCAGUUUUCUGAGCUUAAAAGGCUCCCAGAACACCUACAGUACGCUUCAUUGGAUGAUGAGGGCAAGCACCCCAUUAUCAUUGCUUCUGAUUUAGAGAGAGAUGAAAAAGAUAAGGUUGUGUCCUUGCUUAGGCGGCGUGAAGGGGCCAUUGCCCGCACGUUAGGGGAUAUUAAGGGGAUCGAUCCUACCUUUUGCACACAUAGGAUUAGCAUUGAGGAAGGGUUCAGCCCGACAGUGCAACCACUGCGCAGGUUGAACCCUAAUUUGAUGGAGGUUGUGAGAACCGAGAUUUUGAGGCUUUUAGAUGCAGACAUUAUAUACCCAAUUUCUGAUAGUAGUUGGGUGAGUCCUAUUCAUAUGGUUCCUAAGAAAGGGGGAAUGACUGCUGUUGAGAAUGACAAAGGGGAGUUAAUACCUACUCGCAUUGUGUCAGGGUGGCGGAUGGUGAUUGAUUACCGAAAACUAAAUGAUGCCACCCGGAAAGACCACUUCCCUUUGCCAUUUAUUGAUCAGUUAGUUGAGAAUUUAGCAGGGCACGGGUAUUAUUGUUUCUUAGAUGGGAUGAGUGGGUACUUUCAGAUUCAUGUAGACCCUAGAGAUCAGGAGAAGACCACCUUUACUUGUCCCUUUGGCACUUUUGCUUUCCGUAGGAUGCCCUUCGGUUUGUGUAAUGCUCCUGCUACAUUUAUGCGUUGUAUGCUAGCCAUUUUUGACAGGUUUAUUGGAGAUUUCAUGGAAGUAUUUAUGGAUGAUUUUUCUGUGUUCGGUGAUACUUUUGACUCUUGCUUAACUAACCUUGACAGGGUGCUUGCUAGAUGUGAGGAGACCCACUUGGCCUUAAGUUGGGAGAAAUGCCACUUUAUGGUCAGGGAGGGCAUUGUUUUAGGGCAUAAGGUUUCUGAAAAGGGAAUUGAGGUUGAUAAGGCGAAGGUUGAGGCUAUAGAGAAACUUCCGUAUCCAACCACAGUAAAAGCCAUCCGUAGCUUUCUUGGGCACGCUGGUUUUUACCGCCGGUUUAUACAGGAUUUCUCUAAGAUUGCCCGACCUUUGACUAAUCUUUUAGGGAAAGAUGUACCUUUUGAUUUUUCACCUGAUUGUGUUGUUGCUUUUGAUACUUUGAAAAGGAAAUUGACUGAGGCUCCCAUUCUUGCUACACCCGAUUGGUCUUUACCUUUCGAGAUAAUGUGUGAUGCUAGCGAUCAAGUGGUUGGGGCUAUCCUGGGUCAAACCAAGGAUAAGCACUUUCGCCCUAUCUACUAUGCCAGUAAGACUUUAGCGGGGCCUCAGCUCAAUUAUACUACUACUGAAAAAGAGUUUUUGGCUAUUGUGUUUGCUUUGGAGAAAUUUAGACCCUACAUCAUUCUUUCUAAGGUAAUUGUCUUCACUGACCAUGCGGCUUUGAGGUAUUUACUUCAGAAGAAUGAUGCAAGGCCUAGGCUUCUCCGCUGGAUUCUUUUGUUGCAGGAAUUCUAUGUGGAGAUCAAAGACCGAAAGGGGACCGCUAACCAAGCAGCAGAUCAUCUAUCUAGACUAGAGACUGAAGUGGUGGAGACAUUCAAAAAGUUUGAGCUUGAAGAGACUUUUCCAGAUGAGAGGCUUCUAGCCAUUCAGCACAGUUCAAAGAUGCCUUGGUAUGCAGAUCUCGCUAACUUUCUUGUGGGCAAAGUUGAACCUGCCGGGAUGUCUCGCCACAUGAUUAAGAGAUUGAAGUCUGAAGCCAAGCAUUACUUCUGGGAUGAUCCAUACCUGUUCAAAAUUUGUGCUGACCAAGUUGUGAGAAGAUGUGUACCUGAACAAGAAGGAAAGGAGAUUCUAAUGCAUUGUCAUACUGGACCCACAGGAGGUCACUUCUCAGGAGAGAGGACUGCCAGGAAAGUUCUUGAUUGUGGAUUCUAUUGGCCCACCAUUUUUAAGGAUGCUCAUGCUCAUGCUUCAGCUUGUGAUCAGUGCCAGAGGACUGGGAACAUAUCCCGGAGGGAUGAGAUGCCACAACACUAUAUUUUGCCAUGCGAAGUGUUCGAUGUGUGGGGAAUUGAUUUCAUGGGCCCUUUCCCGAGUUCGAAAGGGAACAAGUUCAUAAUAGUUGCUGUUGAUUAUGUGUCCAAGUGGGUGGAGGCCCAAGCAUGUUCCACGAAUGACACAAAGGUGGUUGUCCGAUUCUUAAAGAAGUUAUUUGCACGAUUUGGUGUUCCCAGAAUCUUGAUCAGUGAUAGGGGCAGCCAUUUCAGAAGUGACCCUAUGGCCCGUAUCCUUCAGCAAUAUAGUGUUCAACACAGAAGCGGAGUGGCCUACCAUCCCCAGUCUCAAGGUCAGGUUGAAAAUUCAAAUAGAGAAAUCAAGGCAGUAUUGGAAAAGACAGUUGGUCGGUCAAGAAAGGACUGGGCAGAAAAGCUUGAUGAUGCUUUGUGGGCUAUUCGAACAGCAUAUAAAACUCCUGUUGGCGCCACACCAUUCAGGUUGGUUUAUGGAAAAUCAUGCCAUCUUCCAGUGGAGGUCGAGCAUAAGGCAUUUUGGGCCCUAAAGAAUGUUGUAUUUGACCUUGAAGGAGCUGGAAAGGAGAGGUUUUAUCAGCUGAAUGAGCUUGAAGAGUGGCGUGCUAUGGCUUUCCACAACAACCAUUUGUAUAAGGAGCGAGUGAAGCAAUAUCAUGAUAGGCACAUCAAGCAAUCCCGCGAGUUUAGAGUUGGAGAUCAGGUGCUGCUGUAUAAUUCUAGGUUGAAGUUGUUCCGUGGGAAACUGCGUUCCAGAUGGUCAGGGCCAUUUACUGUGAUUGAGAUAUACCCGUAUGGCACCAUUGAGUUGCAUGAUCCUGCAAGGGGAAACUUUAAGGUUAAUGGUCAUCAAGUGAAGCUCUAUUAUGGCGAGAAAGUGAGCACUGAAAGGGAGGUUCUUUAUCUUAAGGAGAUUAGCGGCUAAGCAUGAUCUAUCGUCAAGCUAGUGACGUUAAAGAAGCGCUUCUGGGAGGCAACCCACCAUAAAAAAAAAUAGAAUUAGGAGUUUUUGUUUUCUUUUGCACUUUUGUUUAUGUUGUUUUAUGUUUUCAUCUUGUGGUUGUGGAUUUCUUUGCUCUGAAUUACAGGUACGACAUGGAGAUCUUGGACUGCUGGUGGAAGAAGCGCAGCCCUAUGUAGAGGAUCCUCCCAAGGGCUGCCAGUUGGUGUACUUAACAGAAGGUCCAUGAGUGAUAUGAGAGCAAAGCAUUUACUUUUGAGGACAAGAGCGAUGAGACGUCCAAUAGCUAUUCUGGGUGUUCUGGUGGGACAAGAUUUUGAUAGCAGAGCGCAGCCAGAACGCGAGCAAGUUCAGGGCAGCAGUCCACACUUCAAAUUAGGCCUCGGGUCACCACACUUCAGAGGACGAACUGUCCAGCUUUAUCCUUCUAGCAUUGAGACCUAAGCUAGAGAAGAGUUUUUCUAGCCGGCAUGAACGAGCAAACUGAGAUCAAUACCAAAAGUGCAUCCAUGUCACCAGAAACUCAAUAUGUGCAGCCCCUAGUACAGCAGCCUUUACUAUGUUUACUCAGAAGUUGAGGGAUUUGAUGCACACCACCUGGACUUCCCAUCACCAGAGUCAUAGAGCCCUCAAAUGCAAACGAGAUCCAAGAGCUAUCAAUCGCAGAGAUUCAAGGUUAUUCAAAGUUUUUCUGGAGGUUAUUCACUGCCGCUUGUCUUGUACGGUAAUCUGCCAACUCUUACUACAUUGCUAAGAAUGUGUGUUUACUCUCAUAUUACUCCUUGUGUUGAUUUGUGUUGAUUGUUAUUAUUCUGACUAUGAUGUGCUGCCGGGAUGAAAAUCAUUUUAUUCAUAACUUGCCCCUAUUAUUUCUGUUUUAAUCUUUUCUUUGACCUCGAGGGCGAUGUCACCCCUAAGUGUGGGGAGGUUUGGUUUUAGCUUGGACAUGACAUUUGGUGAUGAAGUUAUUCUGCCCAAAAACAUUUUGGAGUGCAUGAGGAUUUUUCUGGUUUAGCAACGCAACAGAGGUAACUUGUUAAUCUUUAUUUUCUUUUGUAAUUUUCCAUCUCCUCCAUCUUUCUUGGAAAGAAUUAGUAAUGGUGUAAUCAUCGGAGUGGUGUGUAUAUUCUUGGGAAAUGUUGGCAUGUUGGAUGGUUUGAUUUGUGUUGAUUAAAUUCGGUUUUUACUCGUGAUUCACUAGUUCGCAUUAAUAAUUCCUUGACUGGCCAGGUGUUGAAAAUCCUUACUCCGUAAGGAGCUCUGCUUUCUAAGCAUAUCGGGAUAACUUCAUGCUAAGUAGGCAACUGAUUCUUGUAAUGGGGUUACACUUCGUGUGUCGAGAAUUUCAUCCCCGAAAUGGGGCUCUGCUCAUCUCACGAAUCACCUUGUGUGAGAGUUGAGUACACAGUAAUGAGAUAAACUCCCAGGCCCUAGAGCUUGAAUCAGUCCUGCAAUCCAGAACCUGGUCAACUUUACAUAUUCAAAAAAAAAAAAAAAAAAAAAAAGAAUCACGAGUAUUCCGAGUUUUAUCACACAAUUCUUGGUUUUUUUUUGGAAUGAUUGGUGGUUUGGAUUUCACACACCUGCACCGUUGGGACCAUCAUGCUUUUCUUUACAUUUUAGUCGGUUGGAGAGGGAUUUUACUUUUGAAAAUAUUGUUCAACAUGUGAAUCUUGGUUUCGUUGUUAAGAAAGAAAAGACCUUGUGCAGUCAUUUGUUUUGGGUGUGAAUGAUUUUUGAACCAGGUGUUACAUGUGAUUAUUUUGUUUUCCGUGGGUUUAAUGCAUUGUUGCUUGGGGGCAAGCAACGCUCAAGUGUGGGGAGAUUUGAUAGGCUCGUUCCGUUCCUAUCUUUUCACCCAUAUUUGGGUGUUAAUUUUUUUAUUUUUAUAAUUAACCGAGUGACUAUUGGGGGGUUUGAGUGAAAAUUUGCUAUUUUUCGGUCCCGGUGGCAGUCAUAUUGGAAAUAGUAUUUUUUCUACACAAUUUGACAUUUUUGGAGUAAUUUGAUUGUAAAGUUACAUAUUAUUAGCGGGUGUGGUGAGUUGUUAUUGUACAGGCCGAGUUUGCGGUGAAUAUGUUUGGACCAGAUCAUUUAAGGACUGUUUUUGAAGUUAAGUGCAAUCCAAAAUGACAAAAGAAGAAGCAAUGUUAGCAGCCCAAAAGAAAAAAAAAAGGAUCAGCUGGGUUUUUCCCUGGAACUGGCAGCCGCACAUUCAUUCAUUCUUUCCUUUUCAUUUUUUUUAAGUUAGCCGCAGCAUGCUCUACGAUUCUUUCUGUUCCUGAAAUCAAAUAGCCGCAGCAGAGUUUAUUUCCAUUCUUGCGUUCUGUCCUUGGUGAAUCAGCCGCACCAGCAAGAAAGAAAAUCAGAACGGUUUCUAAACUGCACUCCUCUUUCAAUUUUCUCCAAGUUAAUUUAGAUUUCAAACAUUCAUUGUAAGUCAAACAUAUUUUACAUUACUUAGUUUCAGUUUUGAAUUAACUUUCGAAGAUGUUUUUCUGUAGUUGAUAAUUAAGAAUUUCCCAGAGAAUUAUUCUACUUCAAUUUUUCUAGCCCUUAUCAUGCUUAUCAAUAUGAUUGUGAUGUUAAUUUUAAUUAUGAGAAGCUAAUUUCCUAUAGGGUUUGAAUUGGGGCUAGGGUUCAUGGGUUCUUGAAGGUGUGAAUUUAGUUUUUAAAAUUUAAUUAAUUUUCUGGAAAAUAGUAUGAGAUUAAUUAUAAUUGUCUAUAUGAAUUUGAUCACCUCAUAUAUGAAUGACUGGAUUUAAUUCAGUUCUUGUCUAUGAGAAAUUGAGUUAAAUUAGCUCAAAUCUUAUACAAGCAAUCUAACCUUAGAAAUAAGUUAGGAUUGUGAAAAUAUGUUUUAAUUCUUGUCUAUGAGAAUUUAAUUCAUUUUCUUUCCAGGAAUAAUUGAAAAUUAAUUUACUUAAUUCUAAUCCGGAAAGAACACCCAGAACCCGAACCAUCCAAUUCGAACCCUGUUUUAAUAUCUAGAAUCAGUUUAAUUUUUUUUUUAUAUACUAUAUUUAUUUUUUUGCACUCGCUGUUAGUAAUUUUUUUAAAAACCACCCAAAAAUAUUUAUUCGGAAAGAUUACCAUGACUUGUGCUAGCCUGUGAUCACGGACUGUAUCUAAAAACUUCCUUUUGCCACUCCUUGAGAGACGAUACUCG